AUGUCAAAUUGGAGAAUUAGCGAAUUGGGAAGUUGGAUAUCAAACGGUAUAAGUCAAUUGGGUGCAAAUGCUGUAUCAAAUAUAAAUUCAAUUAUUCCGAUAACCGUACAAGAGCCUGCUACUUCACCAAUUAUUCCCAAUACCCAUGAUAAUAUGUUUUUAAACAUGAAUAAGGAUGAUAAUAAUAAUAAUAAUUUGUUCUUAAAUAUGAGUGAUUCAGAUGACGAUUCAGAUGACGAUUCAGAUGAUGAUUUAGAUGAUGAAUUAGAUGAUAAAUUAUUAUUAAAUAUUGAUAAGGAUGAUGAUAAUAAUAAAAAAUUGUUUUUAAAUAUGAAUGAUGAUGAUGAUGAAGAUGAAGAUGAUGAUGAUUAUGAAAAUGAAAAUGAUGCUGAUUCGGAUUAUGAUAAUAACUUUGAUUAUAAAUUAGGAUAUUAUUUGACAAAAGAAGAACGAGAUCAAAAAAAAAAAUGUUAUUCUCCAAAUAAUUUGGGUCCUAUUCCAGAUGAAUAUGUAGAUAUAAUCACAUCAAAACCACCACAUAGAAAAACGACCACCCCUCUGAGUAAAAAUAAAAAUGCACCUCCAACCAAAAGUGCGAGCGCAGGUGCAGGUGUCGGUGUCGGUGCAGCCAAACGUACAAUUCCAACCCCAAGCACAAGUAAAAGUGCAAGUGCAGGUGUCGGUGCAGCCAAACGUACAAUUCCAACCCCAAGCACAAGUAAAAGUGCAAGUGCAGGUGUCGGUGCAGCCAAACGUACAAGCCCAACCCCAAGCACAAGCAAAAGUGCAAAUGCAGGUGUCGGUGCAGCCAAACGUACAAGCCCAACCCCAAGCACAAGCAAAAGUGCAAGUGCAGGUGUCGGUGCAGGUGUCGGUGCAGCCAAACGUACAAGCCCAACCCCAAGUACGAGCAAAAAUGCAAAUGCAAGUGCAGCCAAACAAACCAGUAGUGCCUACGCACAAGUGGGUGGAAAAAGAACCCAAAAAAGUGAUAAAAGUAAAACUGAACAAAACGAUAGUGAAAAGCCAAAGCAAGAGAGUGGUGGGUUUUUUAGCAGUUUGGGAUUAAAUUCACUUUUUUCUUAUGGAGAUACAUCAACACAUUGCAAUGAAUAUAAAACUGGAUAUCGUUUAGAUGAAGAAGCCAAGCAAGUAUUGAAUGAUAGUUUCACAUACGAGAAUUAUUUAAAAAAUAAAAAAAGAGGAAAUAAUUCUACGGGUUCACAGAAUCCAUUCAAUAAAAGAAAUAGCCGACUAAGAGAUAAUGACAUGCGUAUCUGUGUGGAUACCACAUAUUAUGAUAUAUUAGAAGUACAUCCAAGUGCACCAAUGAAAACUAUAAAAAUAAAUUAUUAUAAAUUAGCAUUACGUUAUCAUCCAGAUAAAAACCCUAAUGAUGAAAGUGCAAAAUUAAAAUUCCAAAAAAUAAAUGAAGCAUACCAAGUAUUAAGUGAUGAAGAAAAACGAGAAGAAUAUGAUAGAUGUGGAUUAAAUGCAGUUAAUGGAAUGUUUAUGUUAGAUCCAUCUGUUUUAUUUAUUUUAUUAUAUAGUUCUGAGGAAUUAAAAGAUUAUAUAGGUACUUUAAGAAUCGCAUAUUAUAUUCAAAUGAUAUAUAACAGUUCUGAUUCUAUUGAAGAUUUGCAUUCGAUUCGAAAUUUAAUAAAAAAAGAAAUCGAUUUAGAACAGAGUCAAAGAGAAGUAAAAUUGGCUUUACUUUUACGAGAUAAAUUAAGAUUAUAUAUGGAAGAUGAACAAGCUUGGGCUAAAAAAAUGGAAGCUGAACUUAAAAAAACAACGGGUUCAUAUUUUUCAAGUUCUAUAUUAGGAUCUAUUGGAUGGAUAUAUAAUAAUGUUGCAUCUGCAUAUAUAGCAGAAGUAACAACCUUUUGGGGUGUCGGUGCAGCUUUAUCAAAUGUUAAGGCAUCUACUAGAUCUAUACAAAAUCAUCUUGGUCUAGCCAAAUCAAUAAUAAGUACAUUUGUAACAGUUCAUCAAGUAGCUUCAUAUUAUAAUGAACUAAAUUCAGAAGAAAAUGAUGAAGAAAAUAAUGAAGAAAACCCUUCUAGCGAAAAUAAAAAAACAACAAAAAAUGAUAAUAAAAAUGAUGAUGAUUGUGGAGAAGGAACAAGUUCAGGUCAAAAUUCAAAAAAAAAUAAUGAAGUUGAUCCAAAUGAUUUUGAAGGAACAGGAGAUGUAAAUUUUGGUUUUAAUAUAGCUGAUUAUUUAUGGGGGGAUAAUUAUAGCAAAUUAUAUGAUAAAGCUAAAAAUCUACAAGAACCAGAAGAUCUUGCAAAAGCAAAAAUGGAAAAAGAAAUCUUAAGAGAAAAAUACCAAACUAAGGCAUUUGGUUCAAUAAUAAAAAAUAUACUUUCGCUUGUUUUAUGGGAUAUAGAAUCAACAACUAAAGAAGUGGCACAAAAAUUAGUUCGUGAUGAAGGUGUAGAUAUUAAUGUUAGAUUAAAAAGAGCAUAUGCCUUAAAACAAUUAGGAGAAAUGAUGUUAAAUUUGUCAAAAACUGAAAAGGAUUUAUUUGAUGCACAAAAUUUAGAUAUUAGCCAACUUUUUGAUGAUCUUAUUUUAAAGGCAGCCAAAAAAGCAGAAGAAGAAGAAGAAGCAGCUGCAGCAGCAGCAGCGGCUGAAUCACAAAAAAUUGAUAAGGAUCAAAAAUACAAUGGUCUAAGAUAUAAUCAAAAUAGGCCAUGA